GCAAAUAUUUUAUUUAAUGGAAGCUUGUUUAUCUGAAAAGUACAACAUGGAAAAAGGCCAACAUACUGAGCAGGAGAGCAGAAAGGGCGUUUUGACUAAUGAGGAAAUAGACAAUUUUUUCCAGGGAAAAAAUCUUGAAGACGUCUGUAAAUUGUUCAAAAAGGCAGAUACUGAUGGAAGCGGAGGCUUGGACAUUGAUGAAUUUUAUGAUGUGAUGAAGGAAAUAUGUCCCCAAAUCACCAUGGAAGACGUUGAACUACUGCACAUGAAAAUUGACACAAAUUGUGAUGGAACUGUGGACCUAAAUGAACUGUUGGACUAUUCUUUGAAGAAAGAUGAAAAAACGAAGGAUAUACCUUACAAAAUCUGUGAAUACGCCACUGUGACUUCAAACGGCAUAAUGACUUUGUGGUCGAAUAACUUUGAACCAUUGCAAAAUGUACCCAUUUAUGACAAAGGAAAGGACAGGAUUCCUUAUUCCCAAAUUCCCAAAAUUCAAGGUCGUAAGUUUUAUCCAGAAACUGAAAGUUUCUCAUCACUGCUGGAACAUAAAUGCGACUGCCAUGACACUUUGACGGUUUCUGUUUUCAAUGACAUUUGCAAGCAAGUCAGUUACAUGCCCGAUUUAAAGUCUGUUAUAAAUUCACCAAUCACCAGUGCUCUUUACAACGUCUACAACAAUGAGUUGUAUGUGGCCAACACAAUAAUUGGAAAACGUUUUGGAAGGGGAACUAGCAGGAUCAUAGGAGAAACCAGCAGACCUGUCAUCUAUGAAGCCCCCGUCGGAACCAAGAAAUAUCAUAUGUCCAUGACGUCCCAUAGACAACCUUUAUGCAGUAUGCUCUAUCACACCAAAUACCAACAAGUUAUCUCUGUUUGUCAGAAAGGUCAGCUGAAAGUAUGGGAUAUUUAUAAUGGAAGAGCUCUAAUGAAUUUCAACAUUUCUCCCGAAGACAAAGAAAAAAAAUUAAUUUCGUGUUUCAUUUCCUUCAACGAAACCCAACGCAAACUGAUCACAGUUAUCAACAGGACAGUUAAACAGUGGAACUUUAACAGUGGAGAAUUGCUUGAUGUCUUAAAAGCAUUUCCAGGUGACAUCACCAAAAAAGACACAAUUCUUGUCACAGGAGAUAGCAAAGGAGUAGUUUGUUUGUAUGAUAUUCAGAAAUUUGGCCUUCAAACAACAGUUGAAGAUGAAAAAUUUGAGACAAUGAAUGGGCAGAAAUUCCCCUUACAGUCUCCUCCGCUGUUAGCAUCAUGGGUAGCAGGGCUUUCUGAGUUGGUAAGUGUGGCAUGUGAUCCUGCUGGUAAAAAAAUAAUUACUGCAGAGUUGAACUACAAUGUGAAACUCUGGACAAACACUGGUACCCUUGUAGGCCUCUUUGGGAAAGAUCAAUGGGAAAACAUGACUCCAUUAGAAACAUCAU